GUGGAAUGAACGGAGCCAAGCAAGCAAUGACACUCCACAAUUUAAGUGCAGUUCAAACAGAGAGACACUGCUCCGAGCUUGCAAAAGUUGGUGUUGAAUUGGAACCUUGGGAAAAACAACUUAUUGAGCACAAGGGAAAACUUGAAGUUGCAUCUAUCAAGAAUAAGCUUUUGAGUGAAAAGGAAGCUGCUCGUGCAGGUUUUGAAGAUGCGGAAAAGCAGAUGGAAGACAUAUUGGGAGCUAUUGAAAUAAAAUCUGAGAGUAUCACAAAAAUUCAAAGUGAUCUUGAAAGGAGCAAACUCGAAGCAUUGGAAGCUCAUAAAGUGGAACAAGUUCGUGUUUUAAUGAUGUAUAGGGAGGGGCUCGGCAGGGACGGUGGCUGGGCGCGGGGCUGGCUGGUGGGGUUCUCAACUUCACGGCGGCAGCAGGUAUAUCUUUCUGUGGUGUUGAACUUUAGUUUGGUGAUGUUAUGGUCUUAGAUUUUCUUGAUAGCUCUCUUAUUUUAUUGUUCAUCUGAAAAUUCCCUAGCUUUUUCUUGAUAGCUCUCUUAUUUUAUUGAACUAAAACAGAUAAGUAUUUAUCUUAGUUUUCCAUUUUCUUCUUUUGAAGUUUUCAAUGUAUCAUUUAAGAAAAGACUGUAAGUUUGUUGUUGUGGUGGCAAGAACUUUUAC